CUCGAAGCAGCGUCAGCUUCUCUCCAUGUCGCUUUCGGUGCCUUCCAUACAGCCAGGGACACCUGCUGCUCCGCGGCCGUCCAAAGCGGCGUUGCGAGCGCUGUUCGGUGGCCAACCCCUCACAUCUCUCCGUACACCUGCGGCAAUCGUGGACAUUUCACGAGUGAGGCGAAACUGUGCCCGAAUGCUGUCGGCCGCGCAGGACGUGUGGGGGGUCGAGUUUAGGGCACAUGUCAAGACGCAUAAGGCGCUUGAGGCCAGCUUGUGCAUGCUCCUCCCGGACCCCAGCGGCAGACCUUCGCUCCGAACUGGGCGCGCCAUAGUCUCGACCCUGCAAGAGGGCUGGGGCCUUAUUGAAGAGAGUGAUGCCAACGAUCCAGCGGACAGAGGGCAGAUGAAGCGUGUACUAGAAGAAGUCCUCUACAGCCUGCCUCCAGCGAUGGACAAACUGGGAGACCUUCUCGCGCUUCGAACUGCCCUUCGAGAGUACAGUGCCGCUGGCCGGAAAGCACAGCUACGCUUGAUGGUUGACAACGUCAAGCAAGUCCUGGCAUUGGAGCAAUUCAUGUCUGCUCUUACGCACGAUGGCAGUGAGCGGACAGAACCGUGGAGCGUAUUUGUCAAGAUCGAAUGCGGAGGGAAGCGGGCCGGAUUGGACACGACAACAGCCUACUUCAAGCACUUCAUCAAACUCGUGGACGAGCAAUGCCCGCACGUUUCCAUCUUUGGAUUCUAUGUUCACGCAGGUCAAUCGUACGCCAGCAAGAACCUCGAACAAGCCGAUGGCUUCUUCAACACCGAAAUUCGUACCGCAGACGACGCAUGCCGCAUGGCCAAGGAGGUACUCUACGGUGCGGUCGCGGGCAGUGUUGAUGAACGGCACAGGGCAUCGCGCCAUUCAUUCCCGUUUACUCUCUCCGUCGGGUCUACCCCUACCGCUCAUGCUGCGAUUUCUUUCGAGAAGCAAAAGGUGAACGAGGCGCUUGCCAAGCUCAGCGGUAUACUAGAGCUCCACGGUGGCAAUUACCCUUUCCUCGACCUGCAGCAGAUUGCCACGAAGGUUAUUCCUACACAACAGCAGCAGGAGGAUUGCACAGACUGCUCGACAUCCCCAUCAGGAUGGGGCGCCAUGUCUGAUGUCGCCUUCAGCAUACUUUCCACCGUUAUUGCCGAGUAUCCUGCACGUGCAUCGACGUCCAAGACCAACAAGCUUGAGUGGCAUCCAUCCGGGCAUGUGCAGCCUGGCGACGAAGCGAUGUGCGACGCGGGAGGCAUCGCAAUGUCCAAAGAUCAAGGACCGUUUGGCGGGCUCGGGCACGUUAUCUGGCCGACGGACAGGAUCGGAUGGGAGAUCAGCCGCGCGAGCCAGGAGCACGGUGUGCUGGCCUUGCGGAAAGGUGACACAAGCAAGUGGCAGGCAGAAUGGGCAUACCCCAGGAGAAGCAGCAGCAGCAGAAGCAACGAAAGUGACGCUGAGGAGCCCAAGGCGGUGUGUAUCGGCGACAAGAUUCGCAUUGUCCCGCAGCACGCAUGCCUCACUGCUGCCCAGUACCCGUGGUACUACGUGGUGGAUUCAGAAGACGAGACCAAGGGCUCUACCGUAAAGGACGUGUGGGUGCCAUGGAAGUUCUGGUGA